AUGAUGAUCCCGACCGGCAAGCUUUUGUUGUUCUUGAUCUUUACGGCGAAUACCGCCGGGACAGACUACGGGGAGGCAUUUCAACGAUACACGGAAAGCUGGUGGACGGUGGCCCAGCCCGGUUUCGAAGGGCUGGAAAAGAUGCGGGCCCUAGCCGGACGUGCCGACACCCUUCUCACCCUCGCGGGCCCCGUGGGCGCAGUGAUCGCCGCCGGUGCAAAAGUGAUAUUCCCGCCGACGUCUCCGGAAGCCCGCGCCAUCGAACAGCUCAAAACGCAGAUCUUCGAGCAGAAUCAGGCGAUUCGCCACGCCCUGCUAGCCGGGUUUGCGGCAACACAUAAAGCGAUGGUGUCACUCAGCUGGGACGAGAGAGUCCGAACCCCGGUGACCAAGCUCGAGGAGGCAUUCAACGAUGUACUCCUAGACCCGGCGACGAUGCAUCUACACACAGACGACUAUAAAAACCGCUGCAAGGACAAUACACCGCUAAGUGUGCUGAAAACAAUAUACGAUCUGGUCGUCCGUCCCUGCGCAAUUCCCACAGAGGCCGAUGUGCUGCUAUCAAUUAGCGCAAGGAAAACCCUUCGGCGAAUCGAGUCGACACUGCCUAGUCCAGCGCCACACACCGCGGCCAAGUACGCAGACGCCAAGAUAGAUUUCAUCGUCCGCAUCACACAAACACAGGAUUCUCGGGCAUAUGCGAAGCUGGAAAAACUCACCAAAGCACAGCCUGACACCUUCGAAAAGCUGAUCGAGCUGAUGAAGGGUGAAUAUGAUGAUCUGAUGCAGCCAGCAUGCAUCCUCUCUGCGGUCUAUGAAGAAGCCGACGGAUCAAGGGUCGCUCUGGAUAUGGAACUCCUACAAAUCGAGCAAACGAUAAAAUCGUUGAUAUUGUAUGGAGGUGCCUGCCUCAACAUCACCGAGGACGGCAAUCCGUUCCGCAUUGAGGCAAAGCGAAAAGAACUGGCUUCCAUCAUAACAGAAAUCACUCGCCAUGCGGCUGACUGGGCGGAAAAAAAGGAGCUGUGGUCACUGAUACCAGCCACUGCCGAAGCAGCUGCAGCUGUUGUGCAACAAGCUUUUGAAACAUCGGGACUGAAACAAUACGAGCACGGCAACGCCAUCGACAUGAUGCGCCCGCCCGUUCCGAUCCGAGACCCGGCGAAGACCGCCGAUGUCAUGUUUCGCAUCAUCAUAUCGGGGACCGUUAUUGGGCUGUUUUGCCUGUUCGUUUACUGCAUGUCAAACUGUCGAUGGAAGUGCCGCUUCGUGGAGGUCGAAUACGUCGUGGAGGAGCAAGUCGACGACGACGCUGUUGACGUCAGGGAUGUCGUGCUGUACCCGGGCUCCGAUGACGACGAUCUCGCGAAGAUACCUGUCGAGUUUGGCCGGCCGCUGCUGAUCAUGAUCGGGAUGGCGGCAAUGCUACAAAACCCGGCAACCAGG